GAGUUGUUCGAGGAAGGGUCUUCUUCGAAUGUUGUUGUUGGAGAUGUUGGAAGGAGAAGGAGAAGGAAAGGUUUAAGGUUCCGUUUGGAUCUUCGAGCUCGUCGAGCGCUUCGAAGGGGAAGGAGAAAGAGAUGGAUAAUAGGGACAAGGACAAGGAUAAGAGUGGGAAUGGGAAAGCGAAGAUGAAUAAGCAAGUUUUGUUCAGUACGACGUCGUCUGUGUCCAGAGUGCCAGUCGCGGUUGGUGGAGUGGAGGAUGAGGGGAGGGAGAAGGUCGUCGGUGUGAGUGGAUUGAGAACGUAUGAACAUAAGGCUGUGGUUCAGAUUCCGGAGAAGAAGAGUGCGUCUCAUUGGGGUGUGGGGAGUACGAUGAGGACUGGAACGGUUUGUGUCAAGUUUGUAUUGAGUGCCAAGAUCACGUUCACCUCGAAUCGAGGGAGUUCGGAAGUGGUUAAAUUACCUGAACAGGAAUUUGUCGUGGCGUCCGUGGAUGAAGCGGAACGUCAACGUGUGAUCGCGCAGUGGUUCCAUUAGUUUUAGAAGACCUUUCACUUCGCCUGGUGUGGUCACACCACAGCUCCCUCCUUCGUCGUUUCCGUCCCCUUCUAGUGCAGUGCUUGAGGCUGCUAGGAAGAGGUUAUCUCAUAAUCUACCUUCUUCUUCGUAUAAGAAGCUAGCAUCAUCU